GCACUGCUUCGUGUCACCUUUUACAUGGAGCAGUGCUUCCGAAAACGUGGAGCGAAAGCGCAGCUAUCCCUUUUCCGCUAGCAGCCGGACGAGUCACAUUGGCACUGAGGGAGCAUCAUGGAUGACACAGAGCAGUACCAGGCAGCAGGGUCUGGUGCCUCCCAGACGUACCCUGUGCAAUGCUCUUCCCUUCGCAAGAACGGAUUCGUCAUGCUCAAGGGCAGGCCCUGCCGCAUUGUAGAGAUGACCACAUCCAAGACUGGCAAGCAUGGCCACGCCAAGGUUCAUCUAGUGGGCCUGGACAUCUUUACCGCAAAGAAACAUGAGGAUCUGUGCCCUUCAACCCACAACAUUGAUGUGCCCAAUGUCAACCGCUGCGAUUUCCAGUUGAUUGACAUAAGUGAUGAUGGCUAUGUCACACUAAUGAACGACAAAGGUGACACUCGUGAUGACCUCAAGCUUCCAGAUGGGGAACUGGGCCAAAGGAUCCGCGAAGAAUUCCACAAGGAAGACAACAGUGUCAUUGUGACUGUAAUGUGUGCAGUUGGCAUGGAAUGUAUCAUUGCGUGCAAGAAUGCCAACUAAGCAAGACCAGAGGGAAGACACCCAGCCCAUGAAAUGUAGCCGCUGCCACUCAAAAAGAAAAACAGAACAUGGAGGAAAAGAAUUCCGGUUGUCACGGCCAUACACAUGUCCGACACAAAGGGGAUGAAGGAAAAGUGGUGCAUCAAAACUGUGCAAAGAGGAAGCUCCCCAUCCUCCAUCCAAAGUCUGGGAUGGGUACAGCAAGGAGUGACGGCUGGUGGAAAUCUAUGAUCACACUAGUGUGCUUGUUUUUGCUGACUGUAUCUGACUUUUUCUUUUGAAUGCUAUAGGUAUUUUGUUUUUCAAAAUUCCUGAGAGGACUGGUAUUUUUCUGGAUGACAUGUUUAUGGUGUCGCGUGUAACCACAACCUCAUCUUGUCCAAGAGAGGAAAUGUAAGAGUGCCUGUUAGCUCCGCAACUUUUUUUUUUUUUUUUUCAUGAAGGUUUGAGUUUUUUUACAUGUGCACAUCUCUAUAAAGCUUUUUCUUACUGUGAGCUGGUCUAGCAAGGGUCUGGGUUUCAUUGAGCUCUGUGACUCUUUGUAUAUUAAGAGUUUUGGGGCUUUAGGACAACAAAUUCAGGAUGUACUACAGAGCUGGCGUUUUUUUUUUUUUUUUUUUCUGGAGUUCAGGUAUUUUCAGUGCAGCAAGCUCUUCUGUGUCAUGGUCUUCAUUUUGUUUAAUAAGUUGGAUGUUUUAAUUUGGAAUUAAAUUUUUUUUAUCAACAUACCUCUCCCCUUAUUCAUUUGUUAUGGUGUUUCUCAGGGACUGGAACACUUAAACUGGGCGUAAUUUGAGUUUUUCUCAUUGGGAGUUUUGCUUUCCCAAGUUUCCCUCCUUUUUUUCUGACUAAACAUGAGUUGUGGUGUCAAGUGGCUCGACGAGUCUCUUGGCUUAAUAAAUUUGUAUUCCACUAUUUCA